AUGAAGCAAGCUGUUGUCAAACAGGGCCUGAACGUCCACAUCGUGGAUUCUCCGAUUCCCGAACCAAAUGCCGACCAAAUAGUCAUCAAAGUCAUAGCCAGCGGCGUCAAUCCCAAAGACUGGAAGCUUGCGGAUCUCUUUGGACUCUCCAUGGUUCCAGGCGAUGACGUCGCAGGCGUCAUCCACCAAGUUGGAUCCAACGUCACCGAAUUCAAGCCCGGGGACCGCGUUGCUGCAUUCCACGGCCCUGGAGAACCACACGGCACUUUCGCCGAAUACACUGUUGUCCAGGCAAACACUACGUUUCGCCUCCCCGAUAAGAUUAGCUUCGAGGAAGCAUCCACCAUUCCGCUAGCCGCUUUCACAGCCGCCAGCGGCCUAUACCUCCACCUCCGCCUCCCCACCCCCUGGCUCCCCAGCCCAGAGACCGCGGAGCCCAUUCCCCUCGUCAUCUACGGCGCCUCCUCCGGCGUCGGCGCGUUCGCCAUCCAGCUCGCCCGCCGCAGCAACAUCCAUCCGCUCAUCUGCGUUGCUGGCAAAUCGCAGUCCUUCGUCGAGACGCUCAUCGACCGGAGCAAGGGCGACACCAUCAUCGACUACCGCGACGGCGACCUUGCUGCCAACAUCGAGAGUGCUCUGCAGGGCCGCAAGCUGCUGCACGUCUUCGAGGCCGUGUCGGCGUCGCCCAGCGAUGAGGUGCUGCAGCGCGUGCUGGCGCCGGGCGGGACCAUGGCCCAGAUCUUGCAUUCGUUCGAGAAGGAGUACAAGAUUGUGCGGGACGAUGUGACGUGCACGGCGACUGAUGUUCGUCGGGUGUUCACGGACAGUCAGGAUUUUGGGUUCGUGUUGAGCAGGUAUCUGGGCAGGGCGCUGCAGGAAGGCUGGUUCAAGCCGCAUCCUCAUCAGGUGGUAGCUGGGGGACUAGAUGGCGUUCAUGAUGCGUUGUUGAAUUUAAAAGAGGGCAAGGCAAGCGCGUUCAAGUAUGUUCUCAGGAUCGGAGAAUAG